AUGCGAUUCUCCCUGUCGCUGGCGGCCCUUUUGAGCGCCGGUGUCGCUCAAGCUCAAUUCCUCAUCAGCGAGCUCAGUUUUGGAUAUUCAGGGCGGAUAAGCUCGGCCGAUAAACCAGGCUUUAUUCCCAACUAUGUCGUCUCUGGCCAGCCCGGCGUCCCAGAGAUCCUCUCGAGCAAGGUCAUCCUGACACCCGUUGCGCCAGGCAAUGCGCGCGGCGCUAUAUGGAGCGAGAACCCUCUGGUCCAUUCCAACUGGAUUGUCGACGUCGACUUCCGUGCCAGCGGCCCCGACAGAGCGGGCGGCAACCUCAACAUCUGGCUGGCCCGCGAUGGCAAGAACCUGGGCACCCGCAGCGUCUACAAUGCUGGCCGGUUCGACGGCCUGGUGCUGGUCAUUGACUCGCACGGCGGGCAGGGCGGCAUGCUGCGCGGCUUCCUCAACGACGGAUCGACCGACUACUCGCAGCACCACAAUGUCGACAAGCUGGCCUUUGGCCACUGCCAGUACAGCUACCGCAACCUGGGCCGGCCGUCGCAGAUCAAGAUGCGCCAGACGGCUGAGAGCUUCCGGGUUCAGAUUGACGGCAAGACGUGCUUUGAGACCAACAGAAUCAGCCUGCCGAGGGGCUACCAUGUUGGUAUCACUGCUUCUACGCCAGACAGCCCCGAUUCCUUUGAAGUCUUCAAGAUGGUUGUCAUGUCGGACCAGUCCAGCCACGACGUCAAGGCCAGCGACAAUAUGAACAAUAACAACGACAACAAUAACAACAACAACAACAACGGUAAUAGCAAUAACAACAAAGACAACAACGGCGGCAACACCAAGUUCACCUACACCCGCCAGCAGCAAGUCCCCACCGGCAGCCAAGACUUCGAAGAGGUCGCCGACCAAGACGCCGAGACCUUCCAGACCUCCAAGGCGCAGUUCCAGGACCUGCACAACCGCCUCCAGGGCACCAAUCACCAGCUCGCCUCCGUCUACCGCUCCGUCUCGCGCCACCACCAGAUGGACGAGCAGCGCCACAGCGAGGUCCAGGAGCUCUUCACCGCCGUCAACGCCAAGCUCUCCCUGCUCGACCAGCUGGCCUCCUUCCAGCAGCGCAUCGUCGCGCUCGAGAACGAGGUGCGCAACAUGAACUCGGAGCUGCACGAGAAGCUGCAGGCGAAUGAGAGGGCCGUGCAUGGCGCGCUGCGGACGCACCACAUGUCGCUUACGGCCAGGGUCACGGAGAACAUCCCCGGGCAUGGAAAGCUGAUCGCCGUGAUCAUCGGGACGCAGGUUGUUUUGGUGGUCGCGUAUGUACUGUACAAGCGACGAAGAGCGAACUCGCCCAAGAAGUAUCUGUGA